UCUAAGAACCAAAUUUGAUGAUUAAGUUUACUAACUUCCAGCCAAUACAUUUCAUAUUCAACACACAUUUCAUCUUGUCUAAUACUCAUUCUAGAUUUCCUUUAUUUUAAUAUAUUCAGAAGUAGCAAAUCCUGCCGAACUUAGAUCUUUCUUGAUUUCCCUUAUUUGUAGAAGUAGGAUUCAGUACCUUCUAAAUUUAGUUUAUGCAAUGUGAACUCUAACUCCAAGUAUUUCCUGAUUUAAAACCUGAUUUUAAGUCUUUCUUGAUUUUCUUUAUUUUAAAACCUGUUGAACCUAGUUUCAAUUUAGUUUAUUCAUUUAAAACCUGUUGAAAUAGUUCCUUCAAUUAAAAUUUAAAAACCACAAUUUUGACAUCUAACGAAUAAAUUAAUGCUGAGUUCUAAGAGAGGGAUGAGUUCAUUGUACAGUUUCUACUUUAUGACACUUUAAAAGAAUAUAUGUCUUUGAAGGGGCUUUUACUUUUUUUUUUUUUUUGCUUUAUGUAAUGAGAAGAGAUGCUAUGUGAGCCUUCUAUUUUAGAAGUUUGUUGAUUUCUCAAAGCAGCACUCAACUCUGUGGGAUUAAUGGUGGUUUAUUCCAAGGACUCUAGGGGCUAACAAAACAUAAGAUAAUAAGUAUGCCUGGCUUGUAAUAACAUGCUUAAAAUCAUCUUAUUUACGAGGCAGUUGGGAAUAUAUUCAGAGGAUGCUGGUAAAUUGAAUAAGUAGGUGGUUUAGAUGUCAUGGAUGACUUAGAAUUCCGUAUUAUUGAGGUGGCCACUAGGAAAGUUCUUUGGAGUUGAAACUUGAAACUUUAUCUUUCUGUUAAGAUAAGACUUGGAUGGAUCACUGAUUCACUAUUGUAUAUUUUAAUCUCAAGUGGUUAAUUGGGGUGGGUUGGACAUAGUUGAUGAAAGAGUUGGGAUCACUAAGGCCUCUUGUAGUAAAUUUUUAAGCUGUAUUUACAAAUUUUAUUUUUAAAGAAUUUUUAGGUGAUUAUAUUCAGUUAUGUACACAAAUAGCAUUAAAAGCCUGUGGAUAUAUUUGGUGGUGGAACCUGAAGUGUUGAGAAGGUUUUGAAUAAAUGUAGCCACUAGAUAAUAUUUGGAGUUUGCAUGUGAGUCACUGGUAUGGAUGGAAUUUCUUUGGGUUGAAAGUUGAAACAUUACUGAGAUAAAAGAAAGGAAAAUAGAACUUCUUGUGGGGAAUAUCUUAUCUUUAUUUUUAUGGAGGGACUUUAAAUAGAUUGGCUAUGAUCAGUUUUGCUCUUGGACAUAUUUUUUCCUUUUCUCAUCUUUGAAAUAAUAGUUCUCACUGUAUACUCUUUAUGAAAGAAAUGACAACUUGUUGAUCUUGUAGAUAAUUAUGUUUAUCAUCGUGCAUGCAUGAAUGGCACCAAUCCUUAAAUCUAGUUUAAAGAAACUGAUAUGCAUAUUGGCUGCUAAGCAGUGCAAUUUGGAUUUAUUUUAUUUUUUAUUAGUGGACAUACACAUGGUUUAAAGUAUGGACUUUAGGUUAAGAUUUCGGAAAAUUUCAUGCAGCCUUAACCAGUAAAGUUCUUUUUUGCAAGGUGUUUCCCUCACCAUUACUGUGCUUCAAUGUUAGAGUUCCAUGCAGCCUGAGCCACAAGUGAUAUGGUUGCUAAAGGAAGUGAAAUCAACAAGGUGCAGGGAAUUGACCAAACUGAAGUCUUGUUUAUAUUUAAAAAGAUCGAUUUGCAGCCGUAGAAGCUUCUGUGGCUAGGAUGUCCGACCUCCUCGCUCUCUCCCUCCAAAGCAAAGGGCAGGGCGAUGCCAGUGCGUCAUCGGUAGCAGUCCCAACUAUUGAUUCCAACCCCUCGUCAGAACGAUUGGCUCCUCCCGACAACACCACACUUCCCACGGGAAGAUUGGAACUUCCUACAUUUGAUGGUGGCGACCCGAUAGGAUGGUUGCCCAGAGUGGAGCAAUAUUUCGCCAUACAUCACACCCGGGAAGAUCUGAAGGUUCCGACAACCUUUAUCAAUAUGCAAGGACCGGCUCUACAUUGGCUCCGGUGGAUGAAGCGAACGCAACAAUUCGUAGCUGAAUGCCUAGUGUGUCAAAAGAAUAAGUAUGACACCAUGGCACCAGAGGUUUACUCCAACCUCUGGACAGAAUUUUUUGACAAAUGGGGCACCACGUUGCGUUUGAGCACUGCAUACCGCCCUCAAACGGACGGCCAGUCAGAAGUCCUCAAUCGAUGCCUGGAGCAGUAUUUGCGGUGUAUGACUUCUGAACAACCAAAGCAAUGGGGACGCUUCCUCCAUUGGGCUGAAUACUGUAGCGUAUCUGACUUCAACGGUCAGUUUCCUCACUCCAACCUUGGGGACAAGGUUGUUUCUUUGGUGGGUGGCAAUGAUACGCAUCCAAAAGGAUGGAUGGUUUACUCACGCAGAAAAAGGAAGGAUGCAAAUCAGGCAAAUCAGGAUAUACAUGGGAAGGCUUAACUCAAGGGUUUUGACAAAUAAAGAGGGGCAUAAUCAUCUCAACAAUCAUCUCAGCAAUCAUCUCCUUUCUAUAAUUAUUUAUUUCCUAGUACUAUAAAUCAGAAUCUCUAGAAGAGAGUAGGGCAUCGGAUUCUUUACCUUAGUCUUUGAAGCUCUAAGUAGCUGGGCAAGAGCCUAAUACUCUUGUGGGGAAGGUCUUAUGACUUCCUGUUCCUUUUUUUAAGUUUUCAGUCAAUAAAACAUACCUCUUUGUUCUUAUCUCUAA